AUGUUUAGUACCCUACGGCAAACGUUUGGUGAUGGAGACCGACUUCUCAGCGUGGAGAUUGCCCCGCCCUUUGACAAGGACAGGACGUCCAUGCGCACGGCGUGUGAGAGGUGCCGUGCACAAAAGUCCAAGUGCGUGAGCGGUGAGAACGGCUGUAUGCUUUGCGUUGCCAAGAACCGGAAAUGCGAGUACUUGGUCAUCUCAAGGCCUCAACGGCGCACGUCCAGCGUCGCUAGUGGUGGCCCAAAGUCACGGAGCGAUGAUGAUGACGAUGAAGACGACGACAACACCAAUACAGUCGCCAACCAACACAAGCAGGCUCAACAGGCAAGGAGACACAAACGCCGGUCUCGAGCGCAGUCUAUGAGACAAUCGUCGCCAUUAUCGACACAUCUAUCAUCUCCCAAAGACCAAUCAAGGGCCGUAACAACCUCCCAGCCCUCGCUUCAGGACAACAGCAACAAUAUCGCAACAGGGCCAGACGUGGGCCUAGAAGAGGCACAGCAACUGUUUCUCGACACCCUCUUCCCAGACUCCUUAGGACAGAUACAAUCUGUCUUUCCACAGUUCGAACCGGACUUCUUUUGCAACAUGGCCGGCGUUACGCCUACGGCUACCUCAAAAGGCCGGGAAGGCCACAGCGGUGUUGGUGUUACAGUCGAAGCGUUAACUGCUCGGGGAGAUAGCAGCAAGCAGAGUAAUCACACAUCGGUGUACUCGUCGUCGUCGGCAGAUAGCCUGUUCGAAUACGGGAUUGACCCGAUGGACUUUCUGAUGGAUGAGUCGCGGGUUUCUACAACCCUGGCUCCAAGCGGUGCCCAUGACCCUAAAAGAAUCACAAUCGAGGCUCGGCCUGCUACUACUCAUUCCUCUACACCACCAGAUUCAGUUGCUACCUCCACUUCUUCAUCUUCAUCUUGCUGCUGUAUGAUGACAGCCGUGAGCAUCUACGAGGCCAUGCAAGCUCAGCUCGUCUGGGGCGAUCCCAUGGCUGGCCCAUCGGCGGCAUCAACUCCCAGCUCUACGUCAGCAGGCUCUUCAUACUCGUCUGGACCAUCUUGGUCAGGAUCAGACUCAGGGUCAGGCGCAGGAACAGCUGCGACAACAUAUCAAUCAACGUCACCUCUAAUGACCCAGCAAACGAUCCUGAAGCGCCAGAAGAUGAUACUACUUCGUUGCGACUCUCUUGUCCAGUGCGGCACCUGCUGGUCCCGCCCGGACUUUGUCAUGCUUAUAAUGACUAUGUGCGAUCGCAUAUUGACAAGCCUGGAGGCGGUCGAGCGUUUUGUCUGCAACAGAAGCGACGAUGACAUAAAUAAGGUCAGUUCCAACGGCACCGCUGCUGCCCUAGACAUGCAAGUCAUGGCAACGCCGUUGCGCGCGGGGCUAGAGGUGUCAUCCCUGUCCCGAUCAUCCCAGAUGCUGCAGCCUGGGGUAGGUGCAUGGCAGAUCGACGACGACGACGAGAUGGAACUGGUUAUUAGCCUGAUCAAGUCCCGCGUGACAAGGCUCGGCAAUCUGAUCACCAUGGCCGAGGGGACAAUAAGUGCAAAUGCAUGGCCUUGGCAUGAGAGGCUAGUCCAGGCUCUACGGAAGAGAUCUAACAAACUGCUUAUCUCCUUGUCAUUUCGUCACUUUUCUUGA